CCAGGCUGGUCUCAAACUCACAGAGAUCUGCCUGCCUCUGCCUCCUGAGUGCUGGGAUUAAAGGUGUGCGCCACCAACGCCCGGCUAUGAACAUAUUCUUGUAGAAUUAAAUCUGAGCCUCCCUGUGAGAAAUACUCACCAUCAUCAGUCAUAACCGGAGGCUACUAAAUAGCACUGCUAUAUAUCUCGUGGUUCUGAGAAGAACUUCUUGGUUCAUGAACAGCAGCUCUUUUUGAAAGGCAUGAGUACUGGCCAUGGCUGCUCUACCACUCUGGCUUGAUCACCUCCAGCUUGGACAGCAUGGCAGAAUUCUGUCUCUUAUAAAACUUUAAACAGGGCUGGGGAUGUGGCUCAGUAGCAAAGCAAUUGCUAGCAUGCAUUAUGCUGAACUUCAGCAUAAAUUAGUUACUCACCAAUCAAUCCAAAUGAACACUUUGGUAUAUAUAAGUUCCUCAAAUACUUAUAAUGCAUCCUCACCCCCAAGGUCACAGUAUUAGGAAGUAGGCUUCUGGAGGUCAGACCCUGAAGGAGCCCAGCAAUGAAGUAAAUAUAGAAAGAUCAGUACACAGAAACAGUUACAGGUCUGCAUGCUAGUUGUGUAUGAUUGAAAGCCUAACUAGUCAGAACCAUUUACAAUAGCUCCAGAAGCAAGAGAAUGCUUAGGUAUAAACUUAGCAUUCAAAGGGCUCUGUUUCUGGAAACCACAGAAGGACAGCACAUGAACAGCCACAUUGUGUUCGUGGAUUAGAAGAAAACAAGCUGAACGUACAGAUUUACGCUGGAUGAAUUUGUGGUUUAGUGUAUCCCCAGUUAAAACUCCUCAGAGCUAUUAGCUACUGGACUAGUGUGUUCUGGAAUUUACAUGGAAGUGGGUAGCUGGAGUUAGCCACAACAGUGCAGCUGGAGGGGGCCACAGUUUGAAAAUACACUGUUGAACCACAGUGAUGGAACAGUGUAGUGUUGCCCAAAGGUGAGGCAAAAGUUGGUAGGUCAGAGCCCAGUCCAGACAGAAACUCAAGCAUAGUCUUUGAUUUCUGAUGAUGUGGCCAAUGAAACUGAGUGCAGAAAUCUUGAACUUGAAAAGCUGUGUAUGUACUUUGAAAUUUUGUUUCAUUUCUCAAUAACUGCUGCUAUGAAAUGCAACUUAAGCCUUACACCUGAUGCAGAAAUGGGAAAACACAACAAGGAUCUUAUCUGACAUAGCAUUAGGCUAUCAAACAUUACGGAAAAGGAGUGGCCCACUGAUGAAAAGAACUCAGCCCAUUGGACUUUAACUUUACUCUAAAAAAGACAACUAUGAGGAGGAAGAACAAACACAGACUAUGUGGAAACAUCUGGGAGGUACCUGCUGGAUGAGAACUAGUAUCCAGGACAUGUAGAGAACUCUCAGUGCAGCAGCAUGCAAGUAGCAGUUUGAUUGACGAGAAUGGGGAAGGACUUGUUGCACAGUGACAGUACAGCAGUGAGCCACUAAGAAGAUAUUCAGCACUGGGGUGUUAAAGAAACAUAAAUGAAACCCACAUGGGGUAUUGCAGAACACUAGGUGCUGGGGAGCACAUGUCAUACUGGUGAGGUACAGGAAGCACAGCACAUGGGAUAACAUUGACACAUUCUCAUGAAAUGAUGCGCAGACCUGCUGUGACCAUAAUCCUGUUCUUGGCUUUUGCUUUAGAGACAUGAAAACUUGUGUUUACACAGAACACCCCUCCCCACCCCCACCAUGGGAACAUAUGUAACAGUGUGGUCUAUAAUUGUCUCCAAUUGGAAGGAAUCACAGGCCCUCAGCAGGAGCUUGGAAGAGCAUGCUGUGCCCUUGAAUCCAGAGCACCUAGGUGGUGUGACAUCCCCACAACAUGGCCAGAUACCAGAGGCUUGUGAGAGGCCCAUACAAUACUACUGGUAUGACGAGCGGGGGAAGAAGGUCAAGUGCACCGCCCCCCAGUAUGUUGACUUUGUCAUGAGCUCUGUGCAGAAGCUGGUAACUGAUGAAGAUGUGUUCCCCACAAAAUACGGCAGAGAAUUCCCCAGCUCGUUCGAGUCCUUGGUGAAGAAGAUCUGCAAGUAUCUGUUUCAUGUGUUGGGCCACAUCUACUGGGCCCACUUCAAGGAGACCUUGGCCCUUGAGCUGCAUGGACACUUGAACACACUGUACGUGCACUUCAUCCUGUUUGCUAGAGAGUUCAACCUGCUUGACCCCAAAGAGACCGCAGUCAUGGACGACCUCACUGAGGUGCUGUGCAGCAGCCCAGGUAGCAGUGGUGCCACUGGGGAUGGGGCCAGCAGUGGAGCUUCUGGAGCACAGAACCACGUGAAGGAGAGAUGAGCCUCCAGGGCCAGAUGGGUGCACAUGUGCAAAGAGACAACUGUGUGUCUGUGUGUGCGCACACAUGCCCCAGGUGUGCUGGUGGCAAGGUCUGAGGGCCCUGGGCUGCGCAGAGUGUGGGCUCCAUGGAUGCCACUGGAGUCAAGGCGUGUUUCCUGACUUCCCUGUUGGAUGGAUGAGUGCUAUUUGUAGUGAAGAGCCUUUGGAGUCAUUCAUUCAUUCAUUCAACAAACAUUUAUUGGACUGAUGUUUUGAUUUUUCUUUUGUGGGGUUUUCCUUUCUUGGGUCUUCCAUGUGGCUCUUGCCCUCCCCUCCCCUCUCUCAGGGGGCCUCUGCAGCUUUGAAAGAAGCACCUUGUGAGAGGUGUCUCCCCUUACGGGACUUGCCCUGCAGACCUGGAGUUCUGCUGUGCUUUGGGGAUGGGCUUUUAUAGAGGCCUGCCCCGCAGCUUCCCUCCCUAGCCCUUGCCUGGUUCUUGGCUCGGAAUCCCUGGGGUGGAGAGGCCUGGGGUGACCCAUGGGGGCCCACACCUGCUGCUUGCUCCUGUCACCCCUUCUUGCUGCCUCUUCAGUGCCCAUGGAGGUCCCAUUUGUGCAUAGGGGCCAGGGCAGCACCAGGACCUGGCUGAGGCUCUGUGUGGAAACAGGGCUGUCAGUGAAAGGCAGAACCUGCUUUAGUUCAUCUGUUGAGUCAUAAUAAACGAACUCUCUCAGGUCA